GGAUCAGAACACCUCAAGAAACACCAGCGGAGACCCACAGGGAAGAAAUCUCAUUGCUGCUCUGACUGUGGGAAACGUUGCAAAUAUUCAUCAUACCUUAAAAUACACCAGCGAGUACACACAGGAGAGAAACCUUAUAGCUGUGAUCAAUGUGGGAAGAGUUUUACUCAGUCAAGCGCCCUGAAAUCCCACCUAAAACUACACACAGGAGAGAAACCUUUUAGCUGUGAUCAAUGUGGGAAGAGAUUUAUUAAGUCUAGCAAUCUGACAGUACACCAGAGAAAACACACAGGAAAGAAAUAUUUUAGUUGUAAUCAAUGUGUGAAAAGUUUUAUUACAUCUAGAGAUCUGACUGUACACCAGAGAACACACACAGGAGAGAAACCUUAUAGCUGUGAUCAGUGUGGGAAGAGUUUUAUUACAUCUAGCCAUCUGACUAGACACCAGCGAGUACACACAGGAGAGAAACCAUUCCACUGUUCAGAUUGUGGAAAAAGAUUCUCAACUUCACACAUUUUGAAGAUGCACCAGAAAACACACACAGGAGAGAAAUCGUAUAGCUGUGCUCAAUGUGGGAAGAGAUUUACUCAGUCAAGCUCCCUGAAAUCACACCGUAAACUACACACAGGAGAGAAACCUUUUAUCUGUGAUCAAUGUGGGAAGAGAUUUAUUAAUUCUAGCAAUCUGACAGUACACCAGAGAAAACACACAGGAGAGAAACCUUAUAGCUGUGAUCAGUGUGGGAAAAGUUAUAUUACAUCUAGCCAUCUGACUAUACACCAGCGGAGACACACAGGAGAGAAACUUCACCACUGUUCAGAUUGUGGAAAAAGCUUUUCAACUUCACAUACUUUGAAGAUGCACCAGAAAACACACACAGGACAGAAAUCUUAUAGCUGUGAUCAAUGUGGGAAGAGUUUUACUCAGUCAAGCUCCCUGAAAUCCCACCAUAAACUACACACAGGAGAGAAAUCUUUUAGCUGUGAUCAAUGUGGGAAGAGUUUUACUACAUCUAGCUAUCUGACUAUACACCAGCGGAGACACACAGGAGAGAAACCUUAUAGCUGUGUUCAAUGUGGGAAGAGAUACUCUGAUAAAAGUUAUCUGAUCAAACAUCAGAAA